GUCUACUUUGACUUGCUUUUCUUCAAUUUGGGUUUUGUACUUUGGAGUGUGCAUCGUUGUGGCUUGGGUGGACCAGGGUUUCUGCAAAUUUUCUCUCUUCUUUUUCUCGGGAAAAAGGGGGCGAGAAAUUUAAGUCCCGAGUUUUCCCCGAGCUUCCCCUCAGUUCGAUUCUCCGUCGAUCCAAGGAUUUUCUGCAUAAUUUAGCGGUUUGCGUCUUCGAUGAAUAAAUAAGAGGCAUUUGCUGAGCUUACAAGUUUAAAAGCUAUAUAUAAUUUGAUGGGGACAUCUUCUGGAACUAACUUCCAAAGCCAACAACCUCCAAAGAUGCUGCCUCCACGGCAACAGCCACGACCCGGAGGUUUGCAGACUUCUCUGUCCCUCGUUUCACCAGAUGUGAACGGGUCUCCCAACCUUCAAGAACCAGGUUCAAAUUCAGAUCAGGUCCGUGAUUCCCCAACAGAAAGUGCGAGCUCGCGGGAAACCUGGCCCACUGCUGAUCCUUUCAUGACAAAAAAGCUAGAGAAGGAGAAGGAAGGGGAAAAUGACACUGCUGAACUAUCGGUCAUUCGCCGCAUUUCUAGCUCAGAUAAGAUGUCUCUCCGGGAUGUAGCUAAAGAAAGAGUUGAUGUGAUAUCAGAAAGAAUGCAGCGUCUUCCAAACGAUUUUUUAGAAGAGCUCAAGAAUGAGCUCCGGGUUAUUCUUGAAGGAACAGGUGGUUCUCAGCAUAGAGAUGAGUUUUUGGCUAUGCAGAAGCUUGUUCAAAAUAGGAGUGAUUUGACAGCUAAAACACUGAUUAGAGCUCACCGAGCUCAGCUGGAAAUUCUUGUUGCGAUCAAAAUGGGGAUACAGGCAUUUCUGCAUCCAAGUAUCUGCCUUUCUCAAACUUCUCUCAUUGAGGUCUUCGUGUACAAAAGAUGCCGAAACAUAGCAUGCCAAAAUCAGAUCCCGGCAGAGGACUGUACCUGUGAAAUUUGCACAAAUCGAAAUGGCUUCUGCAAUCUCUGCAUGUGUGUUAUUUGUAACAAGUUUGAUUUUGAGGUGAAUACAUGCCGAUGGAUUGGUUGUGACUUGUGUUCUCACUGGACACACACAGAUUGUGCUAUUCGUGAUGGGCAGAUUGGCAUGGGUCCUUGUGUUAAGAGUGGAACUGCCCCAGCAGAAAUGCUCUUUAGGUGCAGAGCCUGCAAUAGAACAUCAGAGUUAAUGGGGUGGGUUAAGGAUGUAUUCCAGCACUGUGCACCUGGUUGGGAUAGAGAAGCUUUGAUGAGAGAACUAGACUAUGUGAGUAGGAUUUUCCGUGGAAGUGACGAUCCCAGGGGCAUGAAACUGUUCUGGAAGUGUGAAGAUCUCAUAGAAAAAAUGAAGAAUGGCGUAGCAGAGUCUACAGCUUGUAAAGUAAUAUUGCUCUUCUUUCAAGAUCUUGAAGCAGAUCCAUCAAAGAAUUUGGAAAGUGAGGAAGGUGGUAGGCUGAUAGCCCCACAGGAGGCAUGCAGUCGGAUCGCUGAAGUGGUGCAGGAAGCUAUUAGAAAAAUGGAAAUGGUGGCAGAGGAGAAGAUGCGGAUGUGUAAGAAAGCUCGCCUAGCUCUUGAUGCUUGUGAUCGAGAGCUCGAGGACAAGGCCAGAGAAAUUGCAGAGCUAAAGCAUGAGAGGCAGUGGAAGAAGCAACAAAUUGAUGAGCUCGAGAAAAUCGUGAGGCUUAAGAAUGCUGAGGCUGACAUGUUCCAGCUCAAGGCCAGUGAGGCAAGGCGGGAAGCUGAGAGGCUCCAAAGGAUUGCACUUGCCAAAUCUGAUAAGUCAGAAGAGGAGUAUGCCAGCAGGUAUCUUAAGCUUCGAUUGAAUGAGGCCGAAGCUGAGAAGCAGUACUUGUUCGAGAAAAUAAAGCUGCAAGAGAGUUCUAGGGCAUCACAAAGCAGUGGUGGAGGGAGUACGGAUCCUUCCCAGAUGCUGAUGUUUUGCAAAAUCCAGGACUUGCUUAAGAAUGUGUAUAAUGUGCCCUCGAAGACUGAAGGCCAACCAAAUGACCUCCACUCUCUUGGUUCAAUUCCUUGACUUUGAGCGUGAGAUUGAUGUAGUGUUGCUUGUUGAGUUUUAUGAAUGAACAAAACCCUAAUUUAUUCAAGCUGUUACUGUGUUAAUUGUUAUGUCAUCAUGUGUGAUGCGUGCCUACGAAUGAGUACAAGUAUCCAUAGUGGCAAGCUGACUCAUGGAAUUGUAACUUUUAUUUAGUGGUUAGAACUAAUGCCCAACCUUAGAUUCAAAUGAUUAGAGUGGAUUGAACUGGUUGUGUGUAAUGAUGAAACCAGAUGGUUGUGAAAUGAUAAAAAACUGAAAAGGUUUUGAGUC